AUGGCAUACGUGUCGGGUGACUUCCCUGCAGCGGAACCAGCGCUUGCCCACUCCGCCGACACCGUCCGUGAGUCGAUGGGUCUUCCCUCCCAAAUGACUCAACAAGAGAAAUAUGAUGCGGCGGUUCUUGAAACUGCAAUAAAAUCUUCUUGGGGCAGAGACUACGGUCUUCUUCUGCAGUUUGCGAAAGAUCACGCAGCUCAACGUUCCGGCCUCAACGUAGAACGCCUUGACAAGCAUUUGGUUAGAAGGGCACGAGUUUUUCGAGCUGUUGAUCAGGAGUUCGUUCAGCUCACUGGACUUGCGGUAGGAAGCGAAGAUGCAGCGACUGAGCUUCCGGAGUCUCGUCCGUUUGGACAAACUGGAGGGGGUCUAUGGAGCGACUUGACGAAGGAAUCGCUAAAAUGGUGCUCGGCAAAACUACGGUGGGUGUGCGAUGAACAAGAACCAACAACAUCUCUCGCCUUGGAAGAGCUUGUAGCCCUCAAAUGUGCACUCUUCGCGGAAGCCCAAGGAUCGGCCCUGCGGCAAGCCCAGAGGAGCCACCAAGGGUCCGCUCUGAAAACUUUCUCCUCGACAAGCGUUCCGCAUUCUUCGUCGUCCGGCCCGACCCUGCGAUCCCAGCUGGUGACAACGUGUUUGGCUCCUGACCUGUUUUUCGAUGUUAACAUUGAGACGCUUCUUCGAGCCAUAUUUAGAGAAGAGGAGGGGGACAUCUCAGUUAUGCGCUAUCUCUGUAGCUUAAUUCCCAACAGCAAGUUCACGGUGACAGCUACCUCUGACACGUUGUCAGAGCCGACAGUUUCAAGUGAGUCAAUACUCACUCCUGCCACACCGUCACGUCUACGGCAGCUCUCCCUCUGCAGACAAAACAUUUCUUCUGACCUGAGAAAGCCUUCCACAGCAGCGGGGGCACGUGAUCCAUCGCGUUCCACAAAUGUCACACCAUCAGUGUUUGAGGAAGCAUGGAAUGGGAAAGCAAUGUCGAAACACAUGGAGGCGGAUCGGCCAAGAGAGAAUAUAAGCUCAGGACCUUUAGCUGACACUGAAGGGGCUUGGGAUAAUCGGUCGCCUGCAGAACGCACAGGAGAGAUUCCGCUGAGCAGCUACUACCCUGUAGAGCAGGGCGACCGUAGGAAGGGUGUCUACGAUACGGGGACAACUGAUACGCCUGCCCAGGACAAACCCGCCUUUGAACGAACACCAGGAACUACUGGCGUUUUACGCAAAGAUUCUUGGGGAGAUGAUACAGAAUGGCGUGGGACUCCACCCGCAACUCUUUCACUGCUCUUCCAGAUGGCCGAACAGCACAUCAUACAGAGGCUUACCCGGCGCUAUCCUGAAUUGCUUGAAGAUAUCCAAACGAGUACCAGGGGGGGUCACUUGAAUACGAGGCUUUCCAUACAUAAAUCAAGACAGGAAAAAUCUUUCUCUCGCUCCACGUCACCCCUAAAUGCUCAACCUGACACGAUGGAGACUGCGUCAGAGGCGAGCGAGAAAAAUAGAUCGUCAGGUCGACUAGGGAUGCCAACUGCGACGAGCACUGUCAACGCGCAAGCUGUGGUAGAGUUCAGGUCUAGUACCGUUGCGUCUAGUCAGAGUAUCUGUCAACAAGGGCUCAAGCGAAAAGAUACCAUUUCUGAUCGUCGAAAUCUGCCUUCAGUCGCGCGACAGAGCUCCACGUAUCUCAGGACACACAGCCUAUUCCCCGGGGGUGAAACAUUUACCCCUUCCGUACAAGGCUCUACAUCCCGGACGACAGGGUAUCACCACGGAAAGCGAAGGAAAUUUCACUUCAGCAAAAGCGAAGAUUAUCUGAAUUUCGCAAGUCCGAAAGUAAUCGCAGUACGUGCCCCCAAACUGGAAGGGCCUCGCACAGAACGAAGAACGGGUGUAUCUCCGUUCGUCACGACCCCCUUGGGGUGCACACCAGGAACGAGCCAGGCAGAGUCGCCGCUUUGUCAGCUGAUCGACGACCGUACAGGCGCCGCAGUUUGUCGGGUGCUUCAGUGCGUCGUGAUGCGCGAUCUUAUAGUUGUCCGAGGACGCUGGACAGACUCAACGUCUGUGAUUCCUCCCGCUCUCCUUGUGCUUCCACCGACCAGUGGAGACGGUUUCCCUCAUUGGCCAGCGCAGCCUGUUGUCGUUGAUACGCCCGUGAUUUCCUUCCUUUUCGAUACUUCCAUGCCUUCUACGUCGAGUCCGGAUCUCUGGGGCUACCGAGUUGUUUGUCUCCCUCAAUACUGGACAUUGCCUUCCAGCCUGUUUCACCGGACCGAAACGUUCCGCGAGCAUGUUGGAUCUGAGAAAGAGAGCGACAAAGCUGUCAAAUGCAUCGAACCACUGCAACAAGAUCAACCCAGUCACAGACUUCCACAUGCUCGAAAGACCCCUUCUUCCGAUUUGUUGCCAUCCACCUCACGUUGCACCUCUGCGAAUGCACCCGCUUCCUUGACGCCCUUCCCAGAGGGUGAAGCCGGGGACUCGACCAGUUUCCUUAUUGGACCUGGGCAUGCGCCCUCAACAGGGAACGUAUCCAGUGAAGAUGUGAGCUCGAGGAGCACGCAGAGCGGGGACAGACACGCACUCACAGCAACUGCCUCCUCUGCUGGGUCGUCCUUGCUUCGAGGUUCUCCCUCGGAAACUUCUUUUCUUCACCCUGCAAACGUUCACAGGCACACCUGGAAUCUGCAGCGUGCAUCCAGAAGCUCUUCUCCGUCCUCGAACUCGCUAGCGUUCGAACACGAUGUGAUGUUAACGGAAAUCCGACUCUCGGAGGGAGAGACACUAGCUCGCACCUCUGCUUCAUACGACGAAACCUCGUCGACCCCACUGAAUGCGGGUGUUUCUGACCGCCCGUCCACAGAGUCGGCUUCCUCUGUUCUUCCAGCUUCCUCCCAACCGAAUGACGAGACCACAAAACCUUUUACCGAGGGGGGAAACACAGAGUUUUGCUCCCCGUCAUCUUCGCCGUCUACGGAACAACUCUCCAACGACACACAGCGGCUUGGCCAGCCUCCGCUUCCUCCAAUGCUGGAACUUCUUGUGGCUGCGAGCGCGACGCUUGCGGCCGCCCUCGGGUCGCUUCUCCGCGGCCCCCCUGUCUCCAUCGAUGAGCGCAAACACAUGGAAAUCCUUCAGUCGUGCGUCUUUGCUGGCGGCUUUUUGAGAGAAGACAUUCCCAGAGUGAAGCGGCUGACACCUGAAGCUGACGCGCACGGCGGAGAAUUCACUCGCCCUCUCAUAGCAUCUCUCGUUGCCGAGAAAUGGAGACUGCGACCCAAGCAGGGGCACCAGCGUCUCACAGAUAAAGCACACUCGAAAUCGGAAAUGAAUCGACAACACGGCAGACCCUCAAAUCGACAGGAAGAGGGCAGCGAAAUUGGGAAGCGACUCUGGGGAAACGACGAAAAACUCUGGAACCUGGAUGCAUGCAGAGACCCUAUUGAACAUCACAGACGGCAGGGAACCGCGACAGACCAAAAGGGAAAGAGAGGCGUUGAAGAAGAGAAGGAAGAACGGUCCACGGACAAAGGGAGAGAAGGAGAGCAAAACGUGGAAGAUGAACGAACGCAUAUGAGAGGAAUAGAACAAGUGACAGGAUGCGAGAGUCCGUCGCAACUCUGGGCCCCCAUGCUUCCGUCUGAUGAUGGGCGGGACGCCGAGGCGUGCUACACAUCUUCUUUAGGUAGUCAGUGCUCUUCUCGCUCGAAGACAAGUCCUUUCUGGGAAGAAGAAAGGUCCCCAACAUCUCCUCAAACAUGUGACGGAUACAUGCUGUUUCUGUCUCCUCGAAGCUCUUCUUGCCGUGGCCUUGCGCCUCUAGCGCAUGUAGGGUCGUCGUCCACCCACAGUCCGGCGACACGGACUGCUGAGACUUCUUCAGCCGGAUUUCAAGGCUGGGACAAAACGCGCCGGGGCGCCUUGGCGCUCGAGGGCGGUACGGCCGCUGCAACAGGAGAGGACACCACAGCAAGCAGAAUGCCUUUUCAGAUUCAUGGGGAAACGCGGGAUGCCGACGACAGGAGAGAAGAAAGGAGAGAUGAGGAAGGAAAACGAAAGGGGAACGAAAGCAAAAGCAUUUCGUCGCCGAGACUAAGAAAGACAAGGGAGGAGGAAACGCAACCACUCGAAACAAAGGAAGGAGCCCUUUCGGGGGAGAUCAAAAUAGUGCGGAGACGGCGGCCCUAUGAAGCGGAGGGGGGCGAGAAACAAGCGACAUGUUUCUCUAAAGACCUGCGAAUACCCACUGACAGAGAGGAGGAAGACGAAAUUGCCAAAAACAAACCGCCUGAAGUCGGGGUUCGAUCCGACGAACAAGCAAGUAAACGACAGUGUACCUCACCCUUCGCACCGCUCCCUUCAUCCUCCCAUUCGCCCUCUGGUUGCUCUUCAUCAUGUUCGUCCACGGUUUCAUCUUCCGCUUCUUCCUCCUCUUCUUCCUCCUCGUCUUCCUCCUCUUCUUCCUCCUCUUCUUCAUCUGCACCUUCCACGUCGUCUUCGUCGUCUUCACGUUCUUCCUCCUCACCUUCCUCUCCUUUCUCCUCUUUGUCUUCCUCCUCUUUUUCCUCGUGUUCUUCCUCUUCUUCCUCGUGUUCUUCCUCUUCUUCGUCGUCUUUCUCUUCUGCCUUUUCUUCUCCCUCGUUUUCUUGCACCUCUUCGUCCUCCUCUUCCUCCUCUUCCUUCUGUCCCCUAUCUGCUUGUACGACACACGAGGCUGGCGUUCCUGCCUCCUCGGUGACCCAAGCGCCUGUUGUGUCCGCAGAGUCUCUCGCGGACUCUCCUGCGCUGUCUUCGCCUGCUCUCUGCAGUGUCUGUCUGAGUCCUCUUCCACCUGAAGAAGAGACCCGAGGCAGCUCGGCCCCACCCCACACAAGUGUCUCCGAGACUUUGGGGGCCCUUCGGGCCCAAGGGCCCGAUGCGGUGCUGGCUCUGGUGUGGAGGGGCAAGGGCGUGGGCGCGCGGCUCGUCGAGCUGUUGGACUCUGCUUCCAGGCUUGUCUCUGUCCGUCGUUUCUCUGCUCAGGUAAACAGAGGACGAGAAGGAACGGCAACGCUUCAAGGGAGAACUCGAGCCUCACGAACAUGCCGCGUCAGAGGCACUCCGGCGCUUCUUUCGUCAGCUGCGAUGGAGAAACUGGGCGGCGUCUACAUUUCUCAGGCUGUUCGGGCGUACGCCUGCUGCCUCAUCAAGCACCUCUUCAUGGAAGGCACCGUGCUCAUGGUGUUGGAGAGCCUCGUGGAGAGAUUUCCAAUUCUUUUCUUCGACGAAAUAGACGCAAAAACGACGCACGAAAGAAAAGGCCGUCGACUGGAGAGGGCGAACGGCAGCGCGAGUGGAGGAAUCUGCCUGGUUGGCGCGACGAAAGACAACAUGCAAGAGAGAACGGUCGAACAGGUGCAAGAGGAGAGAGGACAGAAGGACGAGGGAAGAGAGAAAGACGAGGGAAGAGAGAGAGACGCGAGAAGAGAGAGACUAGAGAGAGAGAAGCAAGCUAAAGAAGAUGCAUGCACGUGGCUUCUUGACUGGAGGGAGGCCGAACCGCUUCUGUAUCUGUGGUGCGCGACACGGCUCCUGAGGCACUGGGUGGUGUCUGAGCGACAAAAGAAUGUCUUUCAACUGGAUUUGCGGCGGCGAGAGCGGGAGGAGGCACGAGAGAAGGAAGCGAACUCGACAGGAGAGAAAUCCAAGCAGGCGUCGCCCUCCGACGAGACCUCAGCAUUGCCUAGGAACGGUCAGGAAGGCGAAGCGAUGACUCUCGAGAGGCAGGAAGAAGGUUUUGACUUGGAAGAGCUUCAGGCCCUCAGCACCUACGAGUACUGGGGAGCAGUCCUUCUUUCCAGAGCCUCAAUUCUUCUCCAACUCGUUCCUUUCUCCAAAUGUGACAGAACGCCAAGUUCAACACCCUUGCCUUCAUGUGUCUCUGUACCCGAGAGAGUCUCCUCGCCCGAGCUCAGCGAAGCACGUAGGCGGUGUUCGCGUUCCAUCUCGCCCCCCAGGCCACACAUGCUCUCCACGAACGCUUGUCUCAACGCAGUUGGAGUUGCGAACUCAGGAGCCUUCUGCCCAACUUAUUCUGCUUCUUCUCUUCGUCCUGCACAUGCCUGGCCGCCUACAUUUCCUUCACCUCCCUGGUCAGACAGCUUGUCGCCCUCGCCCCUAUGGAGUCGGUAUGAGACUCAGGUCUUGUCCAGCUCCCUGGCGCUCCUUGUGGCUUCCGACUUCGCCGCGCUUCGGGCGUCUGUGGCGGCGAAAGAGAGAGAGGCGAAAAGGCGGAGAGAGACAAAGAAGGCACGACGAGGCGCGAAGGAGAAACAAUUCGAGCCGAAGAAGACAAACGGAUGGAAGACUCAGUUCAGACUCUGGAAACGCCUCCAAAGAUGGCAGGUCCUGCUCCGCCUCACGAGACUAGAAUUCGAUGAAGACGACGAAGAAUGGAGAGAGGAUCGAGUCGUCCACAGUAUCCUUCAUGGCAUCUCGGCCGUCUUCUUCUUGAGACCUGGACCGCCUUCGCCUUGCUCGAAUCGAAGAAGAGAAUCCGAGAUACCGAAUCCAUUUUCGCAUCAACCGGAAGAACUGCAGUGUGAAGAAACGCUAGGCACGCUGUCCAUGGUAAAAUCCCAGACGAGAUCAGAGGCCUCGCUUUUGAUGUCAUCCUGUAGAGAUCCGAGGGAAGCUCGAAGAAUCCAGGACGCCCCAGGAACUUCAGCCUCACAAAUGCCAAGUGAUUUGGAAGCCCAUCGAUCACCAACCACUCGUCCUGUCUCCGAUUCUGUUGGUGUCUCCGUGGCUGCAUGUGGAGCUUUGGCAGCUACGGCAGCGGCGCGCGCGUCUGGGCCUUGGGGUGUGCUGGCGUCAAAGGCGGCUCAAGCGGGAGGAGCUCGUGAAAUCAGUGGACUGUUUCAGGCUCUGCAAGUUCGGCGGAGACGCGCGGAAGGCCGUGUCCAGACCUUUGACCUCAUUCACUCGAUACUCAAGAAAAUCCACUUUCCCUUGACAAAAGCGUUCGCCCUCAGAGUUCUGCGAUCCAUGGGAGGAGAAGUACCGACCCCUGGGCCCCUCCCAGUGUCCGUCGUGGUGCCGGCAGCGCAUGCGCCCGCUAGUCAAGCCACGGAGAAGUCCAUCGCAGCGACAGCUGCUUCCUCAUCUCACAAGCGGCGCCUCGAAGAACGCGGAGAAUCCACGAAAGACAGACGAGUAAACGUCUUCUGGCAGAGACGCUACGAAGCCCCGGUUGCUGCGCCACGGUUUCUCUUCUUCCGGUCCUACGCCUUUGGAGACAUCCGAGAGGAGGCGUUGGGUUCCCUCGACUCCGCCCUUGAGAAAGAGGAAGAGCUUUGGCCUUUCUUCGCAGAAGGGAAAAGAAACAGAGACGGAAACGAUGCAUUUCUCCGCUCGGUGCCCGCCGCAGUUUUGUGCCAUCGACAGCGGAGCCUGACAGACCUGCACUACGAGGAAGACCUCAGAGGCUGUGGCAUUCAACUCGAGAAACAAGUGAAACGUUCCUUCUAUCGCACGGUUGCUCUCGUCGUUGCAUACGCCACAGGGACAGCCGAUCCCGUUCCAGGUCGCCUUCUUCGUGUGUCGCCUUCCUUCUCGCCGCUCGAGUCUUUUGGGGCCCCAAAUCUCUCCAGAGGCAGCUCGGGCGGUCGGCCUCAGGAGGCGGAGGAGACAAGGGGAGACGCGCAGACGGGGGACCGAAGAAGCACACUGGGUGACGAAACCGCAGAUAGUGUGACUGUUUUCUCCUUCGGCUCCAGUGGAACCGGAGAGAGAAGACAGGGAGGAUUGAGGAGCAGAAGACGAUCUCAGGCCAAGGAUAGAGAAGAAUUUCGAGGAGUGAUCUCAGAGAAGAACCAACAGACGCUGACAGAAAGCGUACACGCAGCAGGUGCAGAACCACAAACAGAGUCGGCUGUCUGUCAGACCUGUUCACUGCCAGAAAGAGCAGAUGUCGUCAGGCACGAACCUGAGUCCAUACGCUGGGGUCACUCUCCUCACCAGCCUUGGCCUUUCAAAUGCUCGGAUGCGGAUGCUUCUUCUGGACGUGGAGAUACCAUUCGCUCUCCUGUUUCUUCCUCGUACUCCCCUCCAACAGGUGAACGUAUCCCUCUAUCUCAUCCUUUCUGGGGACACCCUGACGUCGCGCCUGCUGCCGGAGACGGAGGGUUCUCUUGUGUGCGGUUCUUCCUCAGCUCAGCUUGUUCUUCGUUUGAGAAGGCGAGGACGGGGCUUCGUAUCGAGCCAAGAAAGAGUAGCCGAUUUCCUGAGGAAGCGCAUGCAGUCUGGAGGAGCCCGUACAGCCCCAAGUACGUUCAAGAGAUCGCACGCUCCGUCCUCGGCCUCCUGGCGUGGCGAGAAGAAGACCAAGACGCUCUCCUCGCCUUGGGUCUGGUCGACAGCGCAAUGCAUGCGCUGCUGCCUCAUCGGGCUUCGCUACGACCUUCCCUCGCAUCUCAGGAGGGCGACAUGGAAUUCGAUGAACACCCCGAAAUGUCGGUCGAUUGUGCUGCCGGCACGCUGAGGGAGAGACAACUCUUCGGCGCUCCUCUCGAGGAAGAGAGAGACACAUCCUGUGGGGGGGCCAAGUCCCUUGCGGCAGAGAGGAGAACAACAGGGCAGGUGGAGAACGAUCGCAGAGCUGAACCGGGCGCGUACACGAAGCUUCUACUUGUGGCGACCCUUUGUCUUCGAGCUUCUGUGGGAGGAGGAAACGAGCGCAUGCGCCUUGUUUGUCUGCGCUACUGUGCAGAUCUCCUGCUCAUCUCGCUUAGGGAGCUGCGGAAGGUGACAGAUAAAGAGCCGAAAGCCGAAACAAGUUUUCUUCCCUCGAGUACUCAGUGCGGACAAAAGGAAUCUACGCCAGCGAUUGGAGAAACUAACGAGUGUCCUUCUCUCCAGAGGGAUUGUGCUUCUAUACUUCCUCACACAGAGCGUUCGACGAACUCGAGAGGGAGAGGAGACGAACAAGAAGACAGCGAGACCACGGCCUCAGGCUGCCCCGUGCACUGUGCGAAGAGCUCCGGUAAAACGAGAGGAAGCAAACAGUCUGAACUGUGCUCGCUGAAUACGUUUCAGUGUGCCUCUGAAUGGGAGGCGCAGGCGCAACUGCUCCUCACCCUUCUCCACAUGCUGAUUUCUCGACUCUUCCUUUCUCUCCCCGCCUCAGGCAAAAGGCAGCUCCUCGCCUCUCUCCAUACCCGCACCCUCCGACACUGUAGGGCAGGAGGCGCAUGCAGUCAAAGCGAAAGAGUGUCUCAGGCUGCUAAUUCGACGCUUUCUCUGAUCGGUGGAGAGACGAUAGGAUCCAACACCGUGAGACUGACAAACGCAGGGAGACGAUGGAGCCCCUCAGAGUCUCCCGCUGCGUCUGCGUCGGAUGCCGAUGUAUCGCGUGCGUCUCUGUCUCGCCAGGUGUCCCCGUAUUCUCUCUCUGUCCCCACAAACUUGGGUGAAGAAGGAACUGUCUCCCACGAUCUCCUCGAGGCCCAACGCUUCGUCCUCCACUACCCUGCUGUCUCCUCCGCACUUCAGCUGUGUCUCAGCGUAGGCUCGUUUCGCCUUCAACGCCAGGCGUUGAAUGUUCUGAAAAUUUUGCUGCCUUGCAUGCAACCGGACCACGCGAGUCGCUGCUUCGCCUCUGCCUUUGCGCCGCCGAGUCCGUUCGGGGCCUUUGUCCAUGGGCCGCUGAAGAGAUCCUGGCGCCCAGGAAUUGGACCCCCACGGGCGUGGAGCCCAAGCGCGCCGACCGACAUGCAGGGGCCCCUUGAGGAGACACUUCAGCACCGGUGGCGAACGGAGAGAGACACCGAGAGGAGAGGAGGAACCGGCGAAAGGGUGUCCGAAAACGACAAGGAAAACGAAGGAGAAGACGGAGCAGAAGAAGAAGAUAAAUCAGACAGAGAAGAAGACGCAGAAGAGGAGAGAGCCAUGGAAGACAAAGUUCUGGAGCCUUGGCACCUCAGGUCUCUCUCACGAAGCCACCUCAGACAAGUAUCUAAUUUGCGCCCUUCAGCUGUGGCGGAACAGGCUGCGACCUCGCCGUUUGCCAAUGCAGGGAUUCAUCAUCCACGACAGCAUCUUAUCUCAUCCUCAGGCUUCUCAAAAGACCGAUCGCCAGACAGUGGAAAGGAGGCGUUUCACCGCUGGCGCUUGACAAGCGGUACCAGCACCCGAAGCCAUUGGGGCAGCGAGGUGAGUCUCAGUGCGUUAACGUGGACAUGCAACAGUGUCUCUCCAGGAGAGUGUGGAGUCUGUGGAGAGAACGCCAGCGAGCACACUGCCCUUGAAUUCGUCGCCCUGCUCCUCAGCUUUGUGGGGAACUGUCUCUCCGUCUGUCCUCUCCCCGCCGUCGCCGCAGCGGCCUGGCAAGUCACCCUGCCAGCGAUGCCUGUCUCUUGCCCGGAGACGUCAGGCAAAAGGGAAUUCUCGGAGGAGAGAGAACGAAAAGGAGAAGGAAAGGAGUUGAAACAAGAGGCAGAAGCCCGACGAGCAACGAGCCGCACACUAAGAGAUUUUUCAAAUAAACGCGCAACAGAGCCUCUAGAUCCUGUAGGAGAUGCACUCGCAGAAUUCGGGGUGUUACAGGAGCCGGCAGAAUCAGGAGGUACCCAGAAAAAGCUGCGAAAACCGCCACCGGAACAGAGCUGUCCGUCGUCGCUGUGGGUGGCGCCUCUUGUUCUUCCUGUUGGAGAGAGCCGUGGUGGCUUAGCUCAGCUGGAAGAGCACCUCCGAGUCACUCUGGUACAGCAGCGUGAGCUCGCAGCUCAGGCCUGGGCGGUGUGUGGCAAGGCCGUGUCUCACUCUGGCGGCUCUUCUUCUUCGCCGCUCUUCUCCGCCACUGAGUCGCCGCCUGUCACGCCGUCCACCUCCCUAUCUGACUCUCCGGAAACCUUCCCCUCUUCCACUUCUCAGGGGCCUGGUUCGUCGAACCUUGCGACAGAGAGACAAGCAGCUGACUGUUCAUCUUCCAGACAAGAGGGGAGAGAAGAAAAGUCUGUCACCUCAGGAUCGAACGCGAGCGCAGGAACGAGGGACGAGAGGCCGCGGACAGAGGAGGAAGAAGGCGAUGGAAGCGCGCCUUUGUCUGUCAACGGAGCCUUCCGAGAAGCACCCUCGGCAGCAACUCUGGCCAGCGCUGCUAUGCUUGUGAUUUCCAUUCUGCGUGCUCUCCUCUUGAGCCCGCUAUGGGAACAAGCCGUCCGGGUGCGCUUCCGCGAGUCGCUUAGGCUCGCCUGUCGCCUUGCAGGCAAAACAGGCGGACUGCUGAACGAGUUUGAAAGAAAAACUUGCAACGGCGAGGCAGCCGAAGGUCGUCGGGAGACGACGCCACACACAGGCGACGAUCGAGCAGUGGACUCACGGGAACGCGAGAGUGCAAACGACAGGAAAGAACUGGAUCGGGGGAGUGCCACAGGUCUGGAAACGCAAGGCGUGGAGUCAGGUGUUGAAGUCGACGCCAUGGAAAGAGAGGGAAGAACGCAAGCAGAGAGCGCCCUGUCGGAUGUUCCGUCUGACGAAUCUUUGAGACCCUUCGACUUUCCCCAGACGAUGCUUGACGAGCGAGGCGACUCGGCGAUUCGUGCAGAGACAACGCAGAGACUUUCAAGUCGCCAAGGGGCUCCCGAAAGCUGUCAGGAAACCGCAAAUAUGUCUCAACACCAAAAUCACACCGAGGCGAGCAAAGCACAGAAACACACAACGCAAAUCCGAAGAUCGUUUACUUUCCACGAGACUGCAUUCUGUCGCCGCGGGGAGGACCCAGUUGAUCUCCCUAGUCGCUGGGUGGCGUCUGUUUCCGAAGCCUUAGGGGCGUUGGCGGUCCUGGCCGGCGAGAGCGGAGAGUUCCUUCGUGUUGGCGGUCUCCUUUCCCGAUCUCGAGAAGGAUUGGAGGGCGGUGGAUUCGAAGCAGGCUGCUCGUCGGCCUUCGACUCUGCUGCCGCCUCAAGUCUGACGAGACUGUCUCCGUUCUCCUGCUCAGGAGUUGUGGUUCGCUACGCCCCACAUGAAGGGGACACCCUGGCAUUUCUUCGAGAGGCUGGGGGACAGGACCGGCUUUCGCCAACCGCCCCGAGUUUCUCUCGCGGCCCCUGUGGAUGGGGCAGGCUCUCGAGAACGCCCUCUGAAGUCGCACGCGUUUCGCGCCCUCCACAGUUUGUCCAUCUGCAGUGUCUCGACACCGCGACCUGGCACCUCGCGGGAGGCUCGGCUCCUCAGUUCGCCGAACGACUUCUCGCCGAAGAGGCCGACGAAAGACGUCACUUCACGCGUCGAAGAACCGUUGCUGGGGAGGAGUGGACAGGCGGUUCGCGCGGUGACUCUCAGCCGUCUCUGGAGAUGCCCGAGGACUUUGGGCUUUUCGACUCUGUUCGCGAAGUGCACGAAGAGGGACCUGACCGAAUUGGAGCUUUGCGAAAGCCAGCUGCGUCGGGAGAGAAACGCUUCACAAGAGGCCUCCAGGGAGGUGGCCAAGGCCCGGGAUGGCCUGCAGGAGACCCGGAAGGCUGGCCACGGCGUCGGGGCACUUGGUCUCCAGAAAAAGAGCCUUUUCUCGAAGAGGAAGUCCGCCCAUCGAUGCAAGCAAUUCUCCUCGAGUUGGCGGAGGCCGCCGAGGCUGCGAUGCGGCUAUCCAGGACGGAAGGUCAAACUCACUCGAGUGCUUCAACCUUUUCUCUCCUGCCUCCAGCCCCUUUCUCCUCAGCUGUCUCCUCCAUCCGGCGGCUGUCUCCUGUCCCCCCCGGCUUCGCCCUGGUCUGUCCUCAGGGUCUCCUGAGUCCGGAGGGAGCUGCGGCGCUCCUGCAGCGACAGCUGCGGACCCUCGUCGUGUCAGCGCUUUGCGAGUUGCUGAAAAGCCCCCUAGUCGUUUCCCUUCUCUUUCGAAAGCGGCUGCUUGUCUCGCUGCUCGAGUCUCUCAGCAUGCACGGAGUCUUCCCCACAGGCGCCUCUCCCUCGAGAGACGCGCGCGCGGGUGCGUCCGCGAAGCCUUCGCAAACGCUGCGCGACCUGCAGCGCCGCGUGCUGCGUCUCCGGAGAGUCGCUCGAGACAUGUUGCAGGGGACAGUCGGAGUGGAGACGCGUCUGCUGGUAAAGGCGACACAGGCUCUCGAGUUGGGCGGCAGUCCCUUCCGUCUCCUUCCGGUGCUUCUUCCGACCGCCUGGAGCUCCAAGUGCCCCCACGGGGAAGAGGCCACUCGCGGUGAGAAAGACGACACAGUCGUCACGCUCUCGCUCCGCGCCCCGUUUCGCUUUGCAGGUUCGGACUGGCGCACCCUGUUCAAGAGCCUUCCGGAAAUGGAGACCAAAGGGAGGCAGAGAGCCGACGGAGGACCUUCGGCGUCGGGAAGAGACAGGUGCGAAGGAUGUCUGAGAGUCCAGGAGACGCUGGCGUGGAUGAAACGUUCAGAUCCGAGCGGGACACAAGGGGCGGGGCUCGAUCCCUGGGAGGUGAAUACUUCGUCGAAGGAGGCAGGAGACAAUCUGGGAAAAGAAAAGGAACAGAGUGUCCGACGGGCAGUUGAAAGGACCACAACAAACCAGGAUGUGUGCCAAAAAGGAGUCUCGGCACCGCCAUCCGAGCAUUUACCUUCCACGCGUGGCGUUCGAGAGGGAAGCAAUGUCGCGGCUCUCAACGAAAAUGUCGUUUCGACGGGAGAGGUUCAGAGCCCCGUGAGGCAAGAGAGCGACGACGACCUGGGGCACACGUGGAGUCAAGAUGCUGUGAGGUUUCUUCUGCCUUCGCCGGAUGUGAAUUCGGAUGACGAAACAGACUCAGCUCGCGAGAGAAGUACACCAACACGAAGACGGAAACCAGACGACUCGGGAGGCGGCGUGGUGUGGCGCAGCCUUUCGCCCUCGUUCGCGGGGUGUAUGUACUCUUCGGAAAUCUCCAUCGUCCAAGCAAACCGCGUGAUCCCCAGUUCCUUGCCGGCGUACUAUUUCGAGGUUUCUGUCGAGGCGUUCGCCGCCCUCCAUCCUGCGCCCCACCGUCUUGUUUGCGUCGCGCCUUCGCCUGAAAAUCCCACAGGUGUUCAAGGAGACGCUACGUCCUCGGAAGACGCUCCGAGCCCCUGGUUGCCUGUGCGGCUAUCUCUGCCAGGCUGUCUUCCCUCUGGAUCGCUUCUGAGUCAGAAUGAAGAUGCUGCUGACACCGCUGAUGCCGGGACAGAAGACGGAAAUGGAUACGCCCAUGCCUGCAACGACUUACUUCACUCAGGAUGCUGCUCGGGACUUGCUAUCGGUCUCUUUCGAGAAGGCGUCGAACUCAUAGGAAAACCUGGGUGCCAUGGGAGUUUCGCCUACUGCAGCUGUGGGGUGCUUUUUCAUUCAGCGACCGCUGUGCAGGAGCCGGUGGGCUUCUCUGCCCCCUUCGGCGGGGGUGACACAGUUGGCAUGAGAUGGGAUCUCAAAAGAUCCUCUAUUUCCCUCUUCAAAAAUGGAAGAAGCCUACGUGUGUUUCCUCUUCCUCUUCGUCAAUGUCCAGCCCACAUCGAUCCCUCUAACGCGCUUGCUUCCGCUUCGUUCUCGUCGUCUUCUUCGACUUCCUUCUCUCCGUCUGCUGCCGCUUCUCGACCGCGGUGGGAACUGCGCAUGGACAGGAAAUCGAUUCCUCUUGGCGACAGUCGUGUCUCCGGUCCUUCGCGUUCUUCACCUCUCUCGUUUCCCUCCACACGCUCGUCUGGUGGCACGUCGCCCUCCUCCGAUGAGGCCUUCUUUUUCGGUUCUUCAACUUCGACCCCGUUCUUCGCAGGCAGCAGCCCAGCACAGAUUUCAGCGGCCUCUGCCGCCAGUUGCGUUUUCAGGGAUGACACAGGAAAGGAGGAGUCCGUCGAUCCGAUGAGCAAAGCGUCGUGCAUACUGGAGGGCAGUACCGUCGCGUUUCGUGGAGUUCGCGGGAGAUUCAGAACUGUUCUGUGGGGCUUUGGAUGCUCAGCCUGCAUUGUCAAGGCAAACUUUGGAGCUGCACCCUUUCUGUUUCCGUUUGAACGGAGCUUAGAUGCCGAGGAUAUCCGACAGCUUCCAGCUGGGUCUCUCGCAAUUGCGAGGCCCUGCCACGACUCAAGUGUUCGGUGCCCAGGUCCGCGGGAUACAGCUGAAGAAGAUCGCGGCAGAGACUCGCGCGGGCAUUCUGAAGCAUGGAGGAAACAGAGCUGUCUCCGCAGAUCCCGCGGACUUACAAAGGGAGAAGAUGUGGUUGUAAAAGGAGGCAAAGAACGCUCAGGGCACCAUGGCAGACAGGAUAAAAGCGAAGAUUAUGGAACCAGACCGAGUCGCGGAAAAACGCCGACAGUGCCGACGAACGCCCUGACCACAGGCGCACCAUCGCAUGAACCAUCCGAGACUUGUUCGGCUUCUUUCUCAGCCUCAGUUCCGUCUACGCCUUCGUCGUCGUCGUCGUUCGCUGGUUCCGCCUCCGCGCCUUUCUAUUCGUUCUCGUCUUCAGCUCCACGUGUGCUUCGAGAGGAGGAAUUGCAGAGGCGAAGCGUUGCUGAGAGCUUGCAUGAGAUCAUGGGAGGCGGGGUGUUCCCCCUCUCGUUGUGCGUACAGGCGCUUGAGCGGACAAGCGACGACCUUCAACUGGCAGCCGAGUGGCUGCUGGAGCACGGUCUGGAGGAACUGGAGCAUUUGCAAGAGCAGUUCCUCAGAGAAGCAGAGGCGGAAGAGCUGCAAAAGCAGGUGGACGUGGACGCUGGAGAGGACCGAGGGGGCGAUGCCGCAGGCAGCACGGGCAACCAAGAGGAAGACAAACGUCUACCAGCAUCUGCUGGGGUCUCUGGGAGGCGGCCGAAGGUGUGGAAGGACCUGUCGGGGGAAUCCGGUGAGGCUCAGAUACCCGGCGAAGCAGAAGAAGGACCCCAGAUUGACGAGGAACGAAUCAGAUGCAGAAGAGGAGAUGACAAGGGUGAGAGAGAGAAAGCGAGUAUUGAAGAGGUGCGACAACAGGGAGGAGAGGGGGACUCAAGCGGUAUCGGCAUUCAGCACGAGGGAGACGACAGGAGGGGAUCCGGCAGGCGAGCGAGAGCGAGAGCAAGACAAGAAGAAACAGAGAACGAGGGAUUCUCUGAAUGCGGCGAAGUCCAAGCGGGUGAAGAUGAGAAGUGUCAUGCAUUGGACCUUGUUCGCAAAAGCGAGAAACAACGCUUCUCUGCAAAUCCGGAGCUUGCUCGACGCCUCGAGCAGCUGGCUGUACACUUCGCAAAUCAGCCUUAUGAAUAUAUCAGAUACCUUGCAUGCCUGUGUUCCUCCUCUUCCCCAUUUAUCCGCCCGACGCUCCAGGAAGUCAGCUACGGCCUCUUCCCCCCUGUUUCCGAGAGGAGGCCUUCCUCCGCUUCUCGUGGUGCUUGUCUCCCCCAAGCGCCCUUCGCAUCUUCGUCUUGGUCUCCUGCAGCCGUCCACCCUUUGUUUUCUUUGUCUGAAACUCCCGAAGACGAAGCCUCCCGGGCGUUACUCGCUAACGCCUUUUGGUUUGACGACAUGCUCGCGCGCGCCUUUUACAAAGGCAGAUGGAGUCUCCUCGUCGGCUCCCCAUCGGGGCCAGGCCAGGCGCCUUCAGGUCUACACACACCUGGUGCAGUUCUCCCUCCUGGACCUCACCUGGGACUGUGGUGUGUGGGACGCGAUGCCUCUGGGGCCGCCGAUGCCUCUGCUGGUGCGGCCGCUCGUGGCGGCUCUCGCGUUUUGAGUCUCGCCGCCUCUGCAUCUGCGUCAGGGCGACGGGACGCAAGAGGCGCUCUGUCCUUCAGUCCGCCGACCACUCCACCGUCGGGACCAGCGAACAGACAGUCGCGGACCGGCGGAUGCGUCCUGCCAGUCUCAGCGGAGGAUAUCCACCUCGGCAUGCUCCUGCAAAUUCAUCCGGACGCUGCCAGCGUCGCCAGCGACUUCGCGUUGCUAGUCAGAAGGCUCCAAGAGGGAGACCAGGGUGAGCUGCAUGCGCGAGAAGGCGACGAUGUGGAGAAGUCUGUCGGAGGCUCAGCGACGCACAGACGGCGCCGCCCAAGUGCAGCCGGCGGCUGCGAGGCAGCGCAGGUGGAAUGCCUUUUGGGUGUCAAGCGUCACGGAUCCGAAGAAGAAGCGAAGUGGGGAUCGAACCUUCCGCCUGUUCUCAGCGCCCUCACUCCAGAGGCGAUUCUCCCCUUCGCUGGCAGAUGCGGAACCGUCUGGGAAAUCGAGUGGAUGGAGGUUGAAGGGGAAGCGGCCGGGGAGAUGGACGGACACUCCGGGACGGAAGGCAUGACGAAGCAGCGUGAGGGGAACCCGUUCACCGGCAGUACAGGCAGGGACCAGGCGUUCAUAGAUUCGAAAUGUGAAUCGAACGAGGUUCGACGCUCGCAGAUUCCCAUUCACCCCGCGCCUGCGUUGCUCCCGGAAAGCAAUGUCGAGUCCGCAUCGGAGCCCGCCACCGUCUGCCCUGCAGGCGCAACCGACGCAGCUCAAAGGACUGUCUGUGAGGCAUCACCAAUGCGUUGCUCUCUGUCACGGUGUUGCGCGAGUUCCUGUUCUCCUUCUGUCUGUCGAGAUGCCGCCCCAGAACGAGGAUUCUCCGUCGCCUGGCCGACUCGUUUUGCCGCUCCGCGGGCGCUGCUGCCCCUUGAGCAAGAUGUCGAAAUCGCGUUGAAACGCAGACGGCGACAAGGACAAGAGACACCUGUCGAAGGGCACUCGAGGUCAAGGCGGACGCCGGAGGCUCGCCUGGACCCGCAUCAAGACGAAAUUGCGUCCGCAGGGGUCCUCACAGUGGUCUUGGAGAUCUGGGACGAAGAGAAUCUUUGGCAGGCUCGUCGCCGACUCGUGCGAGUGCCUCUGUCGAGAUGUUGUCGCCCGUGCUCCUCCUCACAAGAGCCGUGGGGCGAAGAACCAAUUGAAGAGCUUCUCGGCGUCACCCCUCAGGAGUUGAUCGCAUGCAACGGGACGGCUGCAUGGACUUCGGAUCUUCUAGCGAAGGUGCUGGCGCUCUUGAGGGAAGCCGAGGAAGCCGUGGCGACGCUCCAAAUGCGCCACACGGUUCUGCGGCUGCUGCAGAGUGCCGAGGUGCAGCAACUCUCCUGCAAAAACCUUCCGUCUCUCGAUCGCUUCUUCUCGCUGGUAAAACUCUCGUUCUGCGAGCUCGGACUCCCCCUAUCGCCUGCGCCAGGAGCUGUCUCCACCGCAUCGCUCCUCGGAGCCGCGCUUCGGGCGUGGAGACAGGCAGUCUCUCCUUUCGCCCUUCCGGUCUCCUCGCCUUUCUUCUUCGAGGAGGGGGCAGUGGCUGCUUCUAGGGAGACGAGAGCAGGUCGCGAAGAAAGCGAAGGCGGGAAGGGAGCUGUGCUCCUUGAGACCUCGCGCUCGGGGACAGCAUGCCCAGUACAGAGGACCUGGCCAAUGACUUCACCUUCGUCAACCGUCUCCCCAACCCCGGGCCCACCCCAGAACACUGAAAGGUCUUCGCGUUCCCCUCUGUCAAGGUUCCUCGAGUUUUUCUCCAGCUCUGACUUCACUGCUUCUCUCGGAUUUGUGUCUCAGUUCACUCGCAGUCCGAACUGCCCCAACGGCUCUUCGCCACCCUCUACCUCCCCUCCCCUUCCUUUGUUACGGACGUCCCUGAAGCCGCUUCUGAAUGCGUCGCUGUCUCCGACUCUGCAGCACCUCCCCGAGUCGCAUACCAGACUCUUGUUGAGCUUGCUGCAACUUCUGUCGCGUUUCCUGCUGCAUCCGAACCCCUCGUCGGAGUCGUUGUUGCUUCGAAACAUUGCGCAAGAGGCGCAGGAACACCUUACAGCUUCCCUCGCUUUCCGUCUGCCCACGACGAUUGUGGACUCCCCGCACCCGCUAGGAAGCGCCGGGCUCUUCACCGCGCAGAUGUCUGCGUCUCUGGGGAAGCUCGAACUGGUGCAUGCCGUCUCGCUCGGACCUUCUGCGUGCAAGAAGCUGAUUGCCAUCUUCGACCCGAGGUCCGACAUUGGCGACAGCGAGAACAGCAAGGUUAUGUCUACGCUUGCGAUUUAUCGGGACGAAAGCUUAGAUCAAGAAAUCUUCUCUUCUCGGUCAGACGACGCAGGCACAAGGCACCCGGGGGGCGGCAAGCCUCUCGCCGGACGAAUUCUGGUUCUGGAUGCCCCUAAAGUCUGGGUCAAGUUCACUGCUUCCUCUUCCUCUUUCUCUUCUUCCUCAGCAUCUGCAUUUGUGGCGGAGAAGUGGGGGUAUCGCAUUCUCUUCCUUCCACUAGUGCACUCGUUGUCAGAUGAGAACGCGAUCCAGAGACAGAGUCCUCAGCUCGCUUCAGAGCUGUCUCUUUUGACGGCUCUUGCAGCCUCGCCAGCAGAACAGACAACCCUCCUUCCUCCUCUUUUAGAGACACUCCUGUACCACUGUUUCUCCCCCACGACUUUGCGAAGCGCGGCUUCGUUGUUCGGGGAGCUUCUAGAAGCGCUUCACCCUUUCCCGAUCUUGCCCUCCUCCUUCUCUCCCCUGGCGCCGCAGUUCCCCGUGCACCCAAUCGACCGGGAGGCCUCGCGUCUCCAACGACGACUUUUCGCCUCUCGCUCCCAACUCUCUCAGAGAGGCAACGCCGGAGAAGCAAGGCCCAGCAGGGCGGAGAAGCAGACGCGGACUGGAGGCUGGAGAUCGGCAGCAGACGAGGUUGAUGCCGAGCUCGAAGAAACGUCUGGGGACCGAGGAAACCCAGAGGAAACAGGCGUUGUGCGUUUGCAGCCAAGAACGACGCAGCUGUUGGCGACCUUAGGUGGACGCGACGAGACCUCUGGCGACGUUCGUCAACGCGCGAAUCUUCCCUCUUUCCUUCCGACAGAGCGACGCGAAUCCCUUGCUCUUUCGCACCCCACGACGUCGGCUUCGCCGCAGCUGUCUGGACUGCCUCUGCCUUCUUCUUUGCGGCCGCCGCUCCUGUCUCCUCUGUGCGUCUCUCUUCUUCUCGCUCUCCGACUUGAAGCCUGCAGUCUGUUCACCCGCCAUUUCUGCCCCAUGGAGUGGUCGACAGCUGGAGGCUUGACGGGCAGCAGCAAACUCAUUUCUGGAAUGACGCUUUUGGCAGCUGCAGGCCGAGGAGGAGCAGCCGAUGCAUCCACAGGGAGAGGCGCCGCCUCUCAGGCUUCUUCGUCCCUUUCGCUUUCCCCUGCUUCCUCGCUUUCGUCGUCCACCGCGUCAGCGUUUCCCCCGGGGCAUGGAGAACUUUCGAACGCCAGCACGGCGUCUCCCCGUUCGUCGCCUUCGGCGGCUGCUUCGCCGCCUACCGCGGCCUCCUCCGGUACCCCUCUGUGGCGCCCAGAGUGCCAGCGCGAGGCCAUGCGUACCAUCGUCGACCUCCUGUGCGUCGCCCACGAUUUUGUCUUCGUCCACGCGCUGGUGGCGAGGCAGGCGCGGCGCUCGCAGGUCCGAGAAAAACAGGAAAACGAGGCACAAAGGGAACAGGGACGGACACACGGGGCAGCAGAGGCUCAUGAGGGUGUAGAAGGAAUCGGUGGCAGAACGGAGGAGCAGGCAGGUCCAGGUGGAGUCGUGGACCACCCGGAAGAAAGGCUGGCACAAGUGGAUACAAACAGAGGGAGUUCAGGAGAAAGAAACAGAAAAGGUAACGACGAGCUCGAUGACGGCACAGUGACUGGGUCGCGAGUUGAGGAAGUGGUGUCGACCUCAGGAGAAGCAGACGACGAGACGGACGGAUCCUUUCCACCAGUUUGUACCUUUGACUAUUUCGACUCAUUUGCUUCUGGCGCUCAAAAGCACGUGAAGGAUAACCUCAACGGGCAAGAGUUUAAACUCACAUCCGAGACAGGUUUCUCCGAUACGUCGCGAGACCCGCCUUCGGUGCUGCCUCCUUUCCUUGACAAGGUUCACCAAGGACCUUCACAGCGAUUGCUGUCGACGCUUCGAGGGCUUCUCUCUCCUUCUCUCUUCGCGUUAGUCGCCUCGUUCUCCGUUCCUCUUCUACCGGCGCGACCUGUCUCUGCCGUAUGUCGUCGCGGUUUUUGUGUGUCUUCCGGCCCCCUUUGGCUUUUGCCUUUUUGUCUAGGAGAUCCGGCAGACUCUCGAGACUGUCAGACAGGUUCUCCCGCCUCUGCGAGUGCCACGAAGCAGGCCGUCUCUCCGCGUUGUUCUCCCUCGUCUGCGAGGGGUCGCGCAUCUCCAUCUGAGCUCUUAGUGGCUUUUCAGAGAUCCCUUACGUUUGACGGGAACGCUGCUUUCCCUCCAGCUCUCGGCUUGCCUCCAUGGACGCAGGAACGUGAACGGUUCCGCCAGUCAGAGGCGGUCGCUUGUCAGGAUGCCUCGCUGUCUGCGCUUUCCUCUUCCCCAUCGACUUCUUCUCCCUGCGCCACGGCUUGCCUAAGGGUACCUGCUGCUGGUCAGGCUUCCCAACCAGAAGAAGGACCGCUUUCAGAGAAUCUCUCGUCAGCGUCGCUGCCCGCUCCGGCUCCUCGUUCGUCAUCAAGCGACCUCUGUUCUCCGCCACAUCCCGACAUCCCAUUCCCCCGUACGCCAACUUCUCUGGCGGUUUCCCUUCCCUUUCUCGUCAACCUCUGUCGGGUGGAGAUGCAGGUCGACCGAGCCUGUCUAGGUCCUGUCGACAUCACCUUUGUGAUUCAAGGCGUCGUCUCGCUGAUGGGCGACGUCUGCCUCCAACUGCCCGGCAGCCGCGCGCUGUGGCUACCUUUGUUGCGACGCGGCUACAGGGCGCAAGCUCGGAAGUUCACACGGAGCUUCAGCGAAAGAGACGAAGGCGGCGGGGAGACAGAGACAGCGGAGACACGCCACGAGAGGCAGGCACAGGACCCGCACUCUGCCCGGAGACAACAGGAAGGACCGACAGAUGGAAAGAGAGUGGUGAGCGAUUGGAAAUUGCUGUCCCGAGAGUUAACAAAAGCGGAGGAGUCGACGGGCAGGUUGUCGGCGAUUCUAGGAAGCAGAUUUAGUCUCGCCUACCGCGUGAUUCGCUCGUGUACUGGGGAAGAACUGGGAGCCGAAUUCGUCGAGUUCUCGCCAGGAGCGAAAGUCUUUGUCUCCGCGUUUCCACCCUUCUGGCUGUCAAGAGUCUUCACGGUUUGGGAUGUCAUGAGGCUCUUUUCCCUCUCCAGGCUAGCGGCCUUGGACGGGGAAAGGCAGCACUCGAAGAAACGAGAAGGGCAAGAAAACACGGAGGGGCGGACGUUCAUGAAGCAGCGAAAGACGCCGGCGAACAAGAAGGGGAAGGCGCGUCGGGAAGGCCAGAGGAAGGAGGAAAAGACGCACGUGGAGGAGACGAGAGACAGCAGACGCGAGCAGAAGGAAGAGCGAGCGCAGAACGCGGAGGAAGAAAAUGAGUCGAAGGAGGAGCAGGAGAACGACUCGAGGGAAGAAAAGAAGUGCAUGGAGAAGACGAGAGAGACGCUGGGACACAGAUUGAGCGAAAGCCUGCAAGGAAGUCGCGAGGUCAGGUGCGAUGCACACUCAGACAACCCCAAAACUUCAGCAAAGACAGAGGACGGAGGCGAACCUUUGAAGACCCUCGAUUUUUCGUCGGACAGAGAGACGCCGAGAGGGACGACGCCAGGGGAAGACAAAAGCGCAUCAUCAGCAAAGAGCGGGAGCCUAGCCACGACCGCUGGUGGGAAAGGCCCUGAAUCAAAGCGUGAAGCGGACGCAGCCACUGGGCGCAACACACGUCGGCUGGAGUCCGAACGAGAAGCCAAAGAUGGACGUUUGAGGGAAGAACCAACGAGAGAGUCCCAGGCAGAGCAGGAGGAGCCUCGGGAGGGAAAGAGGAGCGAAGAGACUGCGGAGCCCACUGCAGGCCGAUCACAUGUGCGUGAGACGUUUCCGAGACGAAUCGAGGCGAGCCAAAUGGAGGCGAGACGACUGGAGGAUGCGACGGAGACUUUCGACUUUGGCCAAGACUCGCCGGGCUUGGCAGCAGACAUUAUGGAAGACAUGUUCCAAUUUCUCUCGGUUGUGCCUCUCCACUCCUCGCGCUUGAGCGGUUCAUCUGUGACGCAUUGCCAGGGCGACGCACUCCGCAGUCGCGGUCCAGCCGCAGAGCGCAUGAGACUUUCUUAUUCGACGCAAGACGAAAAGCACGCCACACACAGACAAGGACCGUCAGCGGAUUCGGCUCCGUCUCUCGGGGGCUCGUCUCGCAUGUCCGUUGCGUCUGCCGCGAAGUCCGCAGAUUCCGCGUCUGCCGGUUUAGACCGGAGCCUCAAGGGCGUUCGAGAGCUGCUCCUCAGAAGCGUCGUGGAGGCAGCCAUUCGCACUCACUACUGGCCUGUGUUCCCAGGUCGAGUGGAGCUCUGUGCGUCUUCUAUGACGGUUGUCAACCACGCCGGAGAUCUCCCCUGCGGAGGCUCCAGAAGAAUAAAAACGAGAUGCGCCGCAACACAAGGCAGCGACGACGGGGUCUCCUUCGGUGAGCACGGAGCGGCGGCUGGCCAGAGGCUGGCACCAUCGCUGGUGUCGAGUCCUGACGUCCAAGGUGGAGACUCGACCGAAAGACCAAGCGAGCAGGCAAGUCGUGGCAGGGUGCACGCGCAUCCCAGGCAACCUCAGAUUAAGAAAAAACGAAAAAUGCAGAGGACAGAAACACGAGAAAAACGACGUUAA